GGACAGUUGAGAAGGAAAUAAAGAAGAUGGGGAAGACCUGGGAGGGCAUCAAGUUCAUGGCAAGGGAUCGCCAGAUGUGGAGGGAACACGUUGCUGCCCUACAUGCCUGUUAGGUGUAAAGGGCAUGAAUGAAUGAAUGACAGUCGGAGUAACUGAGAGGUCCAACAAUCAAAACUGCCUGUGCAAUGUGAAUUACUAAAGGCACUGGAAACAUGCAUGAAGAAUCCAACACCCAAGCCCUAUAUGCUCAAGAUGGUUUAUGACAUAAAAUCAUGGAUUAGUGAUUAUUGUGAGGAGUUACAUGAACACACAGUUCCAAAGUGUUUCAAAUUUACAUUGAAUGAGGAUGGAAAAGCAGUUAUGCACUACAGAAAUUGGAGCCAUGAGCCAUGGAAAGAGCCCAUUAUAAUGCUGAAGAGUUUACCCUCAGGAAAGCCAAAUCCUGUGACUCCUUCCCUAAAUAAACUGGACAUGGAGGGAUUGAAGAGAGAUAUUCCCACCAAAUAUCCCAAGAAUAUGCCCUUAAAAGCAUCUGAAGAGUGGGAAUCCUGGUUAGCAAAAACAGAGUUUAAUCUAUUAUCAGUACCUGACAACUACACUUGGCCAGUGGAUAAAUUGAAGAAUACUCCAAGGACUGUUUUAGCCUCAAAUGGUGAACUCCCACAUGAACUUUUAGAGCUCAGAGAGGAGGAGAUCCAGCCUAUCACAAAGAUUUACACAGGUCGUUACAGGACCCCGAGGGAAAGGGAAGCGCCUAUUGAAAUGGUAGACGAUUUCCUCGCUACUCUUCAAGUCAGUUGCUUUGUGGCUAUGUACUUCGCCAAUUACGAUAAACUGCCCUGCAUUGGCAAGGUCCUGGCCGUCGAGGAGGACAAUUUUAAGGUGCAUUAUUGGAAGGGUACUUACUAUGGAAAAUGGACUCCUCAGCAUGUUCCCGACAAAAAUCUAGACCAUGGGUGGAAAUCCUUCCUAAGAGCUGUGUAGUGUGCAGUUCAUUUGAGCUUACGGAAGACAACAAGCUAAUGCCAUCAACAAGAAAAUUUCUCAAGGAAAGAUAUGCUGCUUUGAGGACAAAUCAAUCUUGAGUUUUUUCCUUGACUCCAUUCCUUUCUGAAAUUGAGCUUAGCUCUUUGUGUAAAGUUACAUAGAGUGUCGUGACACAUGCGUA